AUGCAACUGAGAAAAUGCGUCUCACAUCCCUAUCUCUUUAAAGGAGUUGAACCACAACCAUUCGUAGAAGGCGAACACCUCGUGGAAGCUAGUGGAAAAUUCCAGGUUUUUGAUCGGCUUUUGCGAUACCUCAAAGAGAAGAAACACAAAUGUCUAGUAUUUUCACAGUUUGUGAUCGUCUUGGAUAUCAUACAAGAUUUUCUGAAUCUCAGGGGUUACAACUACGAGCGACUUGAUGGUAGUGUACGAGCUGAAGAACGAUUCGAAGCGAUCAAUAAUUUUCAGAGAACAUCCAAGAGGAAUAAGAAAGAAGCCGAUGAUGAUGGUCCCUGGUGUUUCCUCUUAUCUACAAAGGCUGGAGGCGUUGGUUUGAACCUUAGUGCUGCUGAUACUGUGAUAUUCUUGGAUGCUGACUGGAAUCCACAAAAUGACAUCCAAGCGAUGGCGCGAUGCCACAGGAUAGGACAAUCCAAACCCGUUCGUGUGAUUCGACUCAUUGGACGUUAUACUAUUGAACAACAUAUGCAUGCUCGUAUCCGAGAAAAGGUUAAGUUCACGGAUAAAGUGAUGGGAAAUGACAUAACGAAACUCACGGCUGUAGACCUACUGGCAAUGAUCAAGCAAAGUUUGGGAACGCUCAAAGAGCAGACUUACAAGAAGUACGAGCUG